AUGUCUGCCGAACUUCCUCUCAGUUUUCUCGGAAACGUCAACAUCGCCGUUCGUAUUGUUAGAGAACAAUACCCCGAUGCGGAGCUGUAUGAAGUCGAAGCUAAAAAUCUCAACCCCACGGUAUACAUGCACAUUCCUACCGACGUGACCUUCAUGAAAGUCGUCUUCCACGUUGGCGAGAACUCAACAGCCAUCAUCUCCACUGGAAUGGUUUGGGGCCAAUGGGGCGCGAUUCAAUACAUCCCGGAGCCUUGGAUGGAGGAUGUGGUAAUCCCUUGGCCGCUUGGGAUGGAUGCAUUGGAAGCAGAUACUCUGCUUAAGGCCGCCGGGUACACAGGCGGUUAUAAAUCCAUCACCUUGCGUCAUCCCCUUCAUCCUGAUUUUGACGAGCCAUACUACAUCUUCAAUGUUGAAGGUCAAUUCGUUUUUAUAGGAGUGGAUGAUCAGAAGGUAUUUGUUGGAGAUGAGGAACAAGUCGAGAACUUGAAGCUUAGCAGAGAUUAG